UCCAGGACACAAGGAGGGGCUCACCAACAUGACGAUGGUCUGACUGUUACUGCUCCCACAGCCAUGUGGGUUAAGGCCCUGGACCUACUCCUUUCCAAGAUGAAGACGUCUGGUUUCAACUUCAGCAGAGUGAAGGCUUUGUCUGGAACUGGACAACAACACGGCAGCGUGUACUGGAAGUCUGGAGCUGCGGCCACUCUGCAGGAGCUGCAGCCUGAUAAAACACUGUACGAACAACUCAAGGACAGUUUUUCUGUGCCGGACUCUCCCAUCUGGAUGGACUCCAGCACUGCAGCCCAGUGUAGGCAGCUGGAGGAGGCAGUGGGAGGGGCGCAGAAACUUGCAGACAUUACUGGUUCCAGAGGAUAUGAGAGGUUCACUGGAAACCAGAUUGCUAAGAUCAGCCAGAACAACAAGGCUGCUUAUGAGAACUGUGAGCGUAUCUGCUUGGUGAGCAGUUUUGCCGCCUCCCUGUUCCUGGGUAACUAUGCACCCAUCGACCACAGCGACGGUUCUGGCAUGAAUUUGCUGGAUAUCAGAGAGAGGAAGUGGUCACCACAGUGUCUUCAGACGUGUGCUGCAAGACUGGAAGAGAAGUUGGGCCAGCCUGUACCUUCAUUUGAAAACCUGGGUUCCAUUUCCGCCUACUAUGCAGACCGUUAUGGCUUCUCACCGGACUGUAAAGUUAUCGCUUUUACUGGGGACAACUCAGGCUCCCUGGCUGGCAUGAGGUUACAGGGCGGAGACAUCGCAGUCAGCCUGGGAACCAGCGACACCCUGUUUCUAUGGUUACAGCAGCCCCGCCCUGCCCUGACUGGCCACAUCUUCUGUAACCCGGUGGAUGGGGAUGCCUACAUGGCACUUCUCUGCUACAAGAAUGGCUCCCUGACGAGGGAACGGGUCAGGGACAGCUGUGCAGGUGCAUCAUGGGAGAAAUUCAGCCAGGCCCUACAGAGCACGCCCAUGGGCAACAACGGCAAUAUCGGCAUCUACUUCGAUGUGCAGGAGAUCACACCCUCUGCUGUAGGUGUCCACAGGUUCAACUCUGCAGACCAGAAGGUUGACUCCUUCCCAUCUGAAGUGGAGGUACGAGCUGUUGUGGAGGGGCAGUUCUUAGCCAAGAGAGCGCAUGCUGAGAUGCUGGGAUACACUGUUGGCUGCAAUACCAGAGUCCUGGCAACAGGGGGCGCUUCCUCCAACACCUCCAUCCUCCAGGUGUUGUCGGACGUCUUUAACGCACCUGUGUACAUCUUAGACACGGCCAACUCUGCGUGUCUGGGGUGCGCCUACAGGGCUAAACAUGGCUGGCUGGGCAGCAGCAAGGUGUCAUUCCAAGAGGUGGUCCAGGGGGCGCCGGAGUACAAACUUGCCGUCACCCCAAACUCCAGUGCCAAACAGGUCUAUGAUCCACUGGUGGGGAGGUAUAAGAGGCUGGAAGACCAGGUGGCGAGACAGUGAUCAUCAGAUCAUGUGCACUUGUUCUGAUGAUGUCAUCAUCAUAGAUCAUGUGCACUUGUUCUGAUGAUGUCAUUUUACUGGCAGAAUAUGUGCUCAUGUUUUUAUGACAGCAUUUUCCUUAUGAAGAAAACACAGUGUAUCAUAAUUUUUAUAAGAAACUCAAAUGAUUUAGAAAUGCAUGAAAAUAUGCAUUUGGGUAGCUAAUCAGCUACUGUUAAAGAUGCCACUGUCUUCUAAAAACAGGACCAACAAAGUUGUAAUUUUAAAUUUGUAAUUUAUGACUCAAAAUCUCAUAUUUACUGUGAUUUUUUUUACUGAUUGUCAUUCAAGUACAGUAGAACAUGAACACACCUAUGGCAUGAUGUGCAAUGAAAUGUGUAAUAUUGAUACAAAGCCAUCAUAUAUAAUGGUUAAGACAAAGGCAAUUCAUACAUAUAAAUGUGAUAUUUGUGAUAACUAGGCAGGCAUCACUUGCGAGCAAAUGCUGCAUAUGACUGUAACAAAUCUCCCACCCACCCCAUACAAAAUUGGACUGUUGCAAAAGGGGAUUGAAAAAAUGUCAAACUUUGUGCCAGAAUAAAUGUUAUUUAACGCUAGUUCACCUUUAUCCGUUGGGUAACCUAAAUCCAUUGUUUUAAAAGCUGGGUAUUUGAAGAUAUCACAUCCACAGACGGUGGUUUUCAACAUGUCGAAUUUUCAAAAUAUUGUGGUUAUUUUCAAAACAUUGCAAUGUCCAUCGACUUGAUAACCCUAAAUACCAUGUUUUUAAAAACAAGGGAUUUGGGAUAGCCAACGGAUAAAGGUGAACUGGAUUUACUUCUUUUCACUCGAAACAAGACAUACAACCUUUUAUACCACCAAAAAUUACUGCAAAUCAUUGUGGGAUAGAGACGAAUAUAGAAAAUUAAAGUUCUUAAAAAGUGUCUCUAAGUUAAAUACGCUCACUUGUAACACGAAAUCAGAUAUAUUUGAUUACCUUCAUUUAAACACUGCAAACGUUGACACAAAAACCUUACUGCCUCAGCCUCCUAUAACUAUAAGAUGGCUAUCAUUGAUCGGCAGUGCAAAAGAGCAACCACCUCAGUCAUGAAACUUGAUGUGGACAUCAUCUAUGAAGAUCACGAGGGUCAUCAGUCUCGUAAAAGACUGCAGUGAUCGAUUAAAGAUUUGGAUAUACCGA